UGAUCAUGUAACGUUGCUGAGGUCAGUUAAGUGAUCAAUAACUUAUAUUCACCACGAUUUCACCACGAUAUCUCUUCAUAAGUUAAGCUUCUUAAACUGUUUUCAUAAUCCUCCUAAAUGUAUACUUCAAUAUUUGUAUUCAAUUCAAAUUUUCAAAGUAGCUUUUCGGUUUAUAUUUUUGCAGAGAGCAAGACUGAAGGCCCGUAAGAAAUGGUUUAUUAAACAUUUCAAUACUCCUAAAGUUCCUAAGAAAUUAUAUCCUUUAAAAUCAAAAUUAUUUUUCUUGAUAGCCAAUUAAGGGUUUUAUCGAUUUGUUGUACACAAAUUCUUUAUUUUCCUAUUUUUUAAAUUUUAUUCGUAGUUCCUGAGAAUCUUGUGUCAAUUCUCAGAAGUCUACAAAAGCCAACAAGAGGCUUAAUUCACAUUCAUAUGGGCAGAUUUCAAUUUGUGAGUCGAUUGUUCUUAUGAAUUCUUCUCUUCAGCUUUAAGGUGGUAAGUUUAUUGUCAUGAUAAGUGGUGACAUUAUUACUCAUGUAAAAAAAUAAAUAAAUAAACAACCAAAAUGAAAAUAUAAAAACACUUUCUACAACUACCAGAUAUAUUUAUUUUGUCAUUUUUUGCCUUUUUUAUUUUUUAUCUUCUUACUUAAGGUCACUUAUUCAGUUUCACAGAUAAAAGAAAUCAUUACCAGAGAAAAGUGGAAUGUCAAAAAAAAAAAGAAAAUAUAUACAUUUUCCUUGAGCUACUUAAGGUAGAUCCACCAACAAUAGGCAGCUUUAUAGGUAGAACCUUUUUUUUUUUGUGUAUAUUAAACGAUAAACUCCAACGAUUUUAUUACAAAAACCCAGUAAUGGAUCCAUUAUCACUAAAGUCUUAAUUUAUUAUUAUCAUUCACAAUUACUAUGGCUUCAAGUAAGGUGUUGUUACUUUGUUGUUUUCUCGUUAUUUUUACACAAAUAUCCCAAGUAUCUACAAAUAUUAUUUUGGAAUGCAUAAGUAUCUUAUAUUGUAAUGGAAAUGCACCAGUUUGUGGUACAAAUGGUACGCAUUGUUGGCAUUCGAAAAGUGAUUGUGAACGAGCCAAAUUUAAUUGCCUUCAUUUGAACAAAAAAGAUUUCGAUAAAGUAGACUUGGGUAAUUGUAAUGAGCUAACAAUUGGAGGUAUUAAAGAGUGCUGUGUAAAAAAGACGUGUUCAAAUAAAAAAGAACAAAUUUGUGCUCAGUCAAAAUUAGGUUCUGAGAAAAAGUGUAGAUGGUUUAAAAAUCGUUGCGAACUGAAAAAUCAUAAUUGUGGAAAUGAAACAAAUUCUUUUAUAGAAACAGAUAAAUCAUCUUGUGAUUUUGGAUUUGGCCAAAGUGAACAAUACUGCACGAAACCAAAUGUUUUAAAAACUGAUGAAUUGCAGUGA